AUGGAUUCAGGAAGCAGUAGGAAUUUGGAGAAUACAGUGAAUAGGGACUGUCCUGACCAGCUUGUCCCAAAGAUAAACACAAACAAGAAAAUGUCUACCUUAGCAAGCCAGCCACGCAUCCUGGAAACAUCACAAGAAGUUAAGAAAAGUUGUGGAGAUAAACAGGUAGAAAUCAUAGUGGAAAGAAUAAAAAUGACAAAGAGCAUCAAAGAAAAACAUAGCAAUGAUUUAGAGAAAGUGGCUUUUAAAAGAAAGGCAGAAAAUGAAGAAAAGCCAGCUGGAAAGAAAGAGGCAAAGAUAACGGAACUUGACAGCACAUUGAUCACCAUGCCUCUGCCUCACAUCCCCUUAAAAAAUAUCAUGGAUGUGGAGGCGAAGUUGGUCUACGUCGAUGAAGAGGAUGUGAGCUAUGAGUUUGUAGAGUCCUUCGUGUCUACUGGGAUUCGACCAUCAUGCCAAGCUGCUGAAAUUGUAGACCCUCUGCAUGUACCUAAUUUCAGCUUUCUGCCUCAGAUUGACAAAUGGCUUCAGUUAGCCUUAAAGGAUGCCAGCUCUUGCUACAGACAAAAGAAAUACGCCAUGGCAGCAGGACAGUUCAGAACAGCAUUGGAGCUUUGUAGCAAAGGGGCAGCUCUGGGAAAACCAUUUGAAGCAUCUGCUGAAGAUAUAGCAAGUGUGGCAAGUUUCAUUGAGACAAAGCUUGUUACAUGCUAUCUACGCAUGAGGAAACCCGACCUUGCCCUGAAUCAUGCACACAGGAGUAUUGUUUUAAACCCAGCUUAUUUCCGAAAUCAUCUUCGCCAGGCAACAGUGUUUAGAUGUCUGGAGAGAUAUUCAGAAGCUGCUCGGAGUGCCAUGAUUGCUGACUACAUGUUCUGGCUCUGUGGAGGAAGUGAACAGUGUAUAAGCAAGCUCAUCAAACUGUAUUGGCAGGCCAUGAUUGAAGAAGCCAUCACCAGAGCAGAAUCUUUCUCAGUUAUGUAUACACCAUUUGCAACAAAAAUCAGAGCUGAUAAAAUAGAAAAAGUAAGAGAGGUUUUCACAAAAACUCAUCCUGCAUAUGUGGAAUACAUCUACACAGAUCUUCAAGGAGUCCACAUGUUGCCUCAGACAGCUGACUGGUCAUCUUUUCCUGCCCAACAAUACCUCUUGACUCUUGGGUUCAAAGACAAAGAAGAUGGAAAAUUUUUGGAAAAACUAUCAAGUAGGAAGCUGCCUACAUUUACAGAACAUAAAACUCCCUUCGGUCUGCUGACCAAAGAAGACACAGUGAGGCACAUGGAGACAAUGGGGAAGCGGAUCUUGCCAAUACUGGACUUUAUUAGAAGCACCCAAUUGAAUGGGAGUUUCCACGGGUGCUCGGGUGUGAUGGAGAAGCUGCAGUAUGCCAGCCUCCUGAGCCGGCUGCAGAGAGUGAAGGAGCAGUCCCAGGUGAUCAAUCAAGCAAUGGCGGAGCUGGCAACCAUUCCCUAUCUACAGGACAUCAGUCAAGAGGAGACGGAAUUGCUGCAGUCACUAAUGGCAGAUGCUAUGGACACCCUUGAAGGAAGAAGAAACGAUAAAGAACGUGUGUGGAAUACAAUCCAAAAGGUUGGACGAAUUGAAGACUUCCUAUACCAAUUAGAGGAUAGUUUCUUAAAAACUAAAAAACUGAGAACCGCUAGAAGGCAAAAAACAAAACUGAAGCGGCUUCAAACUGUGCAGCAAAGCUAG